UGCCACAGAACGACCCGAGCCUCCUGUCCCGCACCGAGGCAGCAUCGCUGCUCUUCGACUGCAAGGAAGCUGCUGCUAUUGACAGGGACACCUUUUUUGCCAUUGGAUGCACCGGCUUGGACGAACUGAUGGGGAUCGACCCUUCCUUUGAAGUCUUCCAGUCCAGCUUGUUCAGCUCCAUGUCCAAAGGCCUCGAACGCAGUGUUCAGACGAAAGCAGUAAAUCAGCAGCUGGAUCAGAACAUUUCCUUGUUCCUAAUUCAUCUGUCCCCUUACUUCAUGCUUAAGCCAGCUCAAAAGUGCCUGGAAUGGCUGAUUCACAGAUUUCACAUCCAUCUCUACAAUCAAGACAGUUUGAUUGGUUGUGUUUUGCCAUAUCAUGAGACUAAGCUAUUCGUGAGAGUUAUUCAGCUUUUAAAUAUAAAAAAUCCAACUCAUAAAUGGCAUUGGCUGGAUCCAAUAAGGAAACCUGGAGUCCCACUGGCAAGGGGUACUCUCAUUACACACUGCUACAAAGACUUGGAUUUCAUGGAUUUCAUCUGCAGGCUGGUGUCAAAAUCUGUGAAGGUCUUUUCAGAGUAUCCUGGCAACUCAGCUCAACUGAGAGUUCUUCUCGCGUUUUAUGCUUCCACCAUUGUGUCUGCUCUUGGAGCCAUGGAGAAGAUAACGGAUUCUAUAGUCUCCAUACUGCUCCCUUAUAUCCAAAAGGGCUUGAAAUCCUCGGUAGAGGAUUACAGAGCUGCAACAUACAUGAUAAUCUGCCAGAUGACAGUAAAAGUGACAGUGGAGACAUCCUUGGUGCAUUCCUUGAUGUUACAAAUAAGCAAGACAUUGCCUAAAGUGCCUUCAUUAGCCAGGGAAGGGGUGGCAUGUUUGAACCUUCUUCUGCAAACUCAGAAAGGAGACAACCUUGGAAAAAAGCCAUUUAAUUACCUGUGCAGCAACCCAGAACUGGUAACACUUUUGCAAGGCCUUUCAGCAAGCUAUGAUAUCUCCUCUCUUCUGGGCUACCUGUUGCCUCACCUUGUUUGCGCUAUCAUUAAGUGCAAUACAGAGGAACAAGAAGAAUCAGAAGAGAGAGAGAAUAAUAUUUACAUCAGACAUCUUGAAGCUAUUCUUCAGAGUAUAACACUGGAAAAGGAUUUGGAUCGCCUUUUGGCCUCCAAGAUCCUUGAAGAGUUUAUGUCCUAUGGUACAGAGAUUGAAUCUAAUCCCAUUAAAAUGGCUGCCCUCAAUCAGAAGCUGCUUCCUCUUAUCAGGCUUUUUGAAAGAAAGUAUCCUAAAGCUUUAGACUCUGUGCUGGAGGAGCAACUGGAAGAUGUUACAGAUCAGGCUGACCAAAUGCUCUUUCACCAAUUUAUUUCUCUUUCAUUAAGCUGUGGCAAGUAUAAGUUUCUGGAGGACUCUGAUACAUCUCUCCUGCUUAGUUUGAAUCAUCCCCAGCCUGCUGUGCGAGUCCUGGCUGUUCAGCAUUUGAAAGACAUUAUUGAAACAGCAAAGGAAGGCUUUGAUCAGUCCUUCAUAGAAGAAGCAAUCUUUGGGCGGCUUAGGGAUGACAACAAAGAUGUUGUAAUGUCUGCUUUAAGUGCUCUGGAGAUUUUCAGGAAACAAGUCAAUCCAGAAGUAGUAGUUCCAAGUCUUUUGAAUAUCUUUCACAGAGUUGAUCUUUCAAAGGAUGGAAAGUGGUAUAAAGUUCUGGAGCGAGCAGUACAAAUUUUAGUCAAAGAAGAGAUUUUGAAAAAAGAAAAAGAACUAUUAAAUGAAGCAGUAAUGCAGUUGUUACCUUUUAUGGUAAUCACUAAUGCAAAUUCAAAAUCCUCAGAAUGGAAAAUGGCAGUGUGCUUGUCAGAUUCUGGUCUUUGCUCAUUACACCCUUUACUGAAAGGUUGGCCAGAAGUUCUUGAAGAAGCAAUUAAAUCUAGCAAGCCUACAGAGUUAAUUGGAGCAGUCAACAAGAAAAUGAUUCUGCUGUUCUCUGAGAAUAUGACUUCAGGGGACCCUUCCUUACUACUGCAAAUGGUUGAUGGUCUAAUACGUGUUGCUGGAAUGGAGUCUGACAGCGUGAGGCAGAAAAUAACUGCUCAUAUAAUUGGCUCAGUGCUUGUUCAGUGCUGCUGCAAUUCACAGAUAAAGGAAAGUUAUUUUUCAAUGGCUAUCAGAGUUUUCUGUUUCUUGGAUGAAAAGAUACGAAGUCUUGAAGCUUGUCAUCCUACAGAGGAAAACCCCUCAAAAUGGUCUGUUGAAAUAAUGCAGGAAAGUUUGGUGCCAGUGGACUUGUUAAAUGCCUAUAUAGAAAAACUCAAUAGUGGUCAGACCGUUAGUGCAGAAGAUUCAGCUAUGUUCAUGUUCUUGUUGAAAAACUUCAUUAAUGACCUGAAACCUCCUCUCUCCUUUUCAAAAGAAGAAACCUGGUGGAAUCCUGAAUCUCUGAAUCAAGAUGGCCAAGACUACCUGCACCUUCUUUUGGGUCUGUUUGACUUGCUAGUCUGUGGAGCUAGUGAGGGAAGGAAUGCUGUUCAGUUCAGAGCACUGAUGAAUCUCUUACUUAAGGUACAUCUAGAAGAUUCAGAGGUUCUCUUCAAAUUCCUUUCAAUUUUGUGGACAUACAACUAUAACCUUUCAAAUCAGCUGAACUAUGAAGUCAAUGCAAUGCUGCAGACCCGAGCUUUGUAUAUUGGCUGUGCACUGCUUGUGGUGCAGACAUACCAAAAGAAGAAACAGCUGCUAUCACUGUCAUCUCCAGUGAUGAUAUCUUUGCUAAUUAAUUUGGCUAGUCCUGUAAGUGAAGUUCGAAGAGCUGCUCUCAACUGCUUCCAUUCCCUAAGUGGGAUUAAGGAGUCUGUGUUUCAUCCUGUUCUUCAGAGUCUGGAGCAAAAAACAGAAGAGAUUAUAUCUGACCCCACGUACAUAGCACAGAUUGUGGGAAGUCUAUUUGUGUUUGAAGCACCUCAAACAAAGCAGAAAUCCCAGAAGAAAAAACUGUCUGAAGCCUUGGAAAGUCUGCUAGAUAAUGUAAAAAACCCUACUUGCCCAUCAUAUGUUGCAAGAAAUCUAAUGAAAAUUCUUUGUGAAGUCCACGGAGAGAUGAUUCUUUCUCAUCUCUUGCCUGCCCUAGACCGUUUGCUGGAGAAGGUCUUGAAGGAACCUGAAGCCAUGUUGAAAGAUGAAGUUGUUCUCCUGCAUCUCAUCCUUGGAAAAUACGAUGAACAUUCAGCAACUCUCUUGUCCAAGAAUCAGCAGAGCCUGGAUUUAUUUAUCAAAAGUCUACAUGCUGCCAAUAAAGUCUACAAAGAAAUUCCACCUUUCCAGAUUACAGCACUUGAGCAGAUAACUAAGCCGUUCUUUGCGGCUGUGUCAGAUGGAACAGUACAACAGAAACUGCUGAAAGUGUUGUUUGACUUGCUGUUGAACUGCAAGAACCCACUUUGUGCCCAGACAAUAAGCAGUGUGUUUAAAGGGAUUUCGGUGUGUGCUGAGCAGAUUGUCACAGAACUGGAGCCUCCUGAGAAAACCAAAAGUCUGACCACUGUUCAGCAAACUAGACGGCAGAAGAUGCAGCAGCAGAGAAAGCCCCAAGAUGCAGAAUUGGCACCAGAAACGAGCAGUUUCAGCUGGCAGAGGGUUAUGCUUAUUCUGGAAUUACUGCAGCAUAAGAAGAAACUUAAACGUCCGCAGGUGCUGGUGCCUCCGCUUUUUAACCUGCUGAGCCGAUGUCUGGAACCUGUAGCAUCAGAAGAAGAAAAUAUGGAAUAUACAAAGCAGCUAAUCCUCAGCUGCCUGCUAAACAUCUGUCAGAAACUGUCUUCGGAUAGUAGCAAGAUUCCAACAGAUGUCCUUGAUAAAGAAAAAUUCAAUGUGGAAUUGAUAGUUCAGUGCAUCAGGAUAUCUAAAAUGCCCCAGACGCAUCACCAUGCCCUGCUCCUCCUUGGUGCUGUUGCUGGCAUGUUUCCUGAUAAAGUACUCCAUAACAUCAUGCCCAUUUUUACAUUCAUGGGAGCAAAUGUCUUGCGUCUGGAUGAUACUUACACUUUCCAAGUAAUUAAUAAGACUGUGCAGAUGAUUAUUCCUGCUCUUAUACAGGCAGAGGACAGCGACUCGCCGGAGGCCUCGGGGAGCGUGGAGGAGGUGGUGGUCAGGAUCGUGCGCGUGUUCGUGGACGCGCUGCCGCACGUGCCCGAGCACCGCCGCCUGCCCGUCCUGGCGCAGCUCCUGGCCACGGUGGGCGAGGAGCGCUUCCUCUGGGUGCUGCUGGUGCUGCUCUUCGAGCAGUACGUCACCAGGACUGCCACCGCCACGUCGAGCGCGGAAAAGGAUGCUGUCUUGGAGGCAGACACUGAAUUUUGGAUUUCAAUCUGUUGUGAAUUUAAUGUACAAUCUCAGUUCCAGAGUAUGAUGAAAAUAAUCCAGUACUUGACAAAGCUGCCAGAGAACAAAGAAGAUGAUCCUGGGCAAAAAACAUCAAGAACAUGCAAGACGAAGCCGAAAGAUCAGGACGGGCAGCUCUUUAAUGUGGAGUCUCACUCAGAUAAACAACUCCGACAUUUCAAAUUCUUGUCAGUCUCCUUCAUGUCACAGCUCUUAUCCUCUCAGAGCUUUGUGAAAAAGGUAGUUGAAUGUGAAGAGACACAAGAGCUCCGCAAGUUGGAACAGAGGUUAUUAGAAGAAGUUCUUCGUUAUAUAAACACAGUGGCAUCCUCAGUGGAAGGAAACGCAGAGAAGCCAACAGCCAAAUUUUGGAGGGUUUUGCUUAACAAGUCCUAUGAUAUGCUGGAUAAAGUCAAUGCCUUGCUGCCGACAGAAACCUUCAUCCCUGUGAUUAGAGGCCUCAUGACCAACCAGCUGCCCUCUGUGAGGCGCAAGGCAAUGGAGCUCCUGAACAACAAGGUGCAGCAGCGUGCCAAGUGGCAGAAGGGCCAGAUUCGGCAGCUCCUAGAGCUGGUUCCUCACCUCAUUGCAAUUGUGCAGUGUAAAAGGGAGGAGGAGGAAGAGGAGGAGCAAGCCAUCAACAGGCAAACUGCUUUGUUCAGCCUCAAGCUACUCUGCAAAGGUUUUGGCACGGAAAAUCCAGUGCCAUUUAUACCUGUUCUGAAAACUGCCGUUGAUCUGAUAUCUUCAGAGAAGGAAGAGAAGAAUGUGAUGGGAAGUGCUCUGCUCUGUAUAGCUGAGGUCACCUGCACUUUGAAAGCCCAGGCAAUACCUCAGCUUCCAAGGCUGAUGCCAGCACUGUUGAAGACUUUAAAAAAUAAGAAGGAGCUGGUCUCCAGUGAGAUCUACUUGCUGAGUGCUGUGACAGCUCUGCUGAAGGUUGCAGAAACGUUAUCACACUUCCUCAGUCCCUACCUCUUGGACUGCUUGCUUCAGGUUGUCCGCUUGGAAAAGAUUGUGGUGGAAUUUGGUCCUGCUUCCCAGAUCGGCUUGCGUGUAACGUCACUGAAAACUAUCCUCGCUACAAAGCUUGCACCCAGAAUACUCUUGCCUGCAAUUACCAAGUGUUACAGUGAAGUUGCAAAUACCAGGAAGAACUGCUUGGGUCCCCUUAUGAACAUGCUGAAGGAGCACAUCAUGGUUAUGGAGAAGGAGCACUUGAUCUCACACCAGUCUGAGCUGACAGCAUUUUUCCUGAAAGCCCUGGACUUUCGAACAGAGCAUGCCCUGGAUGAUUUGGAGGAAGUUGGUAAGACGGAGAUGUACAUUAUCGACUGUCUAAUCAGUAUGGUUAUAAAACUUUCCGAGGCUUCUUUCAGACCCCUCUUCUUCAAGCUCUUUGACUGGUCAAAAACAGAGUGUACCCUGAAGGACAGGCUGCUGACGUUCCACCGGCUAGCGGACUGCAUUGCAGACAAGCUCAAGAGUCUCUUCACCCUGUUUGCUGGACAUCUGGUGAAGCCGUUUGCUGAGACACUGAACCAGGUCAACAUCUCCAAAACUGAUGAAGCUUUCUUUGACUCUGAGAAUGGCACCGAAAAGAGCUGUUUACUGUUGCAGUUCACCAUGAACUGUCUGCAUAAACUCUUCCUCUUUGACACCCAGAAUUUCCUGAGUAAGGAGAGAGCAGAAACCUUGAUGAUGCCUCUAGUUGAUCAGCUAGAAAAUAUGCUUGGAGGAGAUGAGAAGUUCCAGGAACGAGUGACAACCCACCUGAUACCCUGCAUAGCUCAGUUUGCAGUGGCCAUGGCAGAUGACUCUCUUUGGAAACCACUGAACUUCACUGCUCAGUUCCUUACACAGACGGUUUUAUUUCAGGUGCGGUUUGCUGCUCUGCUUGCUCUGCUAGAAGUUGCAGGAAAACUGAAGGAGAACUACCUGAUUCUGCUACCAGAAUCUAUUCCAUUUCUCGCUGAGCUCAUGGAAGAUGAAUGUGAAGAAGUUGAACACCAGUGUCAGAAAACAGUUCAGCAACUGGAGGUCAUUUUGGGCGAAUCACUUCAGAGUUACUUUUAAGUUAUCUCCUUUGUUUUCAUCUUUGGUCUGGUCUGUCUCAGGUUCACUUCAGAGGGAAGUGGCAGAGGCAAGGUGGCCUUCUCAUUUU